UCUAGGCGCUAGCGGUUCUCCAAACAUAACAUACCGUCAAGUAUUAUCAAUCGUCGCGUGCGUUUUAACCAAAUAUUAAAUCGAAAAUCACCUGGAAAAACGGUUGCGAAAAGUGAAUUUUAAGUUUUGGAAAAGAAGAAAUUCCAAGAGCAAGCAGCAGUUAUAAAAAAGAUAAUUGCUCAGCAUCUAGUUUCUCAGCGAGGACAAAUAAACCCGAGAAAAAAAACCAUAAGAAAUGGACUCUGCCGCCGCCGCCGCCGCCAAGCGCGUUCAAAUCGAGAAGGCCCACAACUUUAUGCGCCAGUAUCGCGAUCCCGAGUCCAGGGAACUCAAGAAGCUGUCGGCCAACCAGUUCAUGGAUGUCUGGGCGCACUACGACAAAGAUGGAAACGGCUACAUUGAGGGCACCGAGCUGGACGGAUUCCUGCGGGAGUUCGUGUCCAGUGCCAAUGCCACAGACAUUAGUCCUGAGGCUGUAACGGACACCAUGCUCGAGGAGCUGAAGUCCUGCUUCAUGGAGGCCUACGAUGACAAUCAGGAUGGCAAAAUCGAUAUCAGAGAGCUGGCCCAACUUUUGCCCAUGGAGGAGAAUUUCCUUUUGCUCUUCCGCUUCGAUAAUCCCCUGGAAUCUAGCGUUGAAUUCAUGAAGAUCUGGCGCGAAUACGAUACCGACAAUUCGGGUUACAUUGAAGCGGAUGAGCUGAAGAAUUUCUUGCGCGAUUUGCUCAAAGAGGCCAAAAAGAUCAACGAUGUGUCCGAGGACAAGCUCAUUGAGUACACCGAUACUAUGCUCCAAGUAUUCGAUGCCAACAAGGACGGACGUCUGCAGCUGUCGGAAAUGGCCAAAUUGCUUCCGGUUAAAGAGAACUUCCUGUGCCGCCAAGUGUUUAAGGAGGGCAUUGACGGCGCCACAAAGUUGACCAAAGAGGAUAUUGAAAAGGUAUUCUCGCUCUACGAUCGUGACAAUAGCGGCACCAUUGAAAACGAGGAGCUCAAGGGCUUCUUGAAGGACCUCUUGGAGUUGGUCAAGAAGGACGACUAUGAUGCCCAGGAUCUGGCCGCUUUCGAGGAGACCAUCAUGCGGGGCGUUGGCACCGACAAGCAUGGAAAGAUCUCCCGGAAAGAACUGACCAUGAUCCUGCUGACACUGGCCAAAAUAUCGCCCGACGAAGAGGAGUAAGCCGGAUGUUCGCGAACAUACCACAAAGAGAUUUUAGCCAACUCUAUUUUUGUCACCCGAACGCGGGAAAUCCAGAAUUGAGGCCAAAAUGGGCUUCUAGGCAAUUGUUUACUUUAGAGCUGCAUUACAAGGGGCAGCGAAUAAAAGAAAAAAAAAAGGAAAGGACAUUGGAAUCGGGGGAGAAUCCUGAAAGAUCCAAACCGAAACGAAGCUAUUGGUAAAAUAAAUCUAAUAUAAAUGUUUCAAUCUUAAAUAAAUGUUUAUCGUACGUUAAGAUAUUGAGAGUAUAUUUCCCCCAAACUCAAACUCAAACCGAAACGGAAAUUUAUCCAGUCAAACAAUUUGCAACACUGAAUCGAGCCACUUAAAGUAAACAAUUAAGAAAUGAUAACAACAAGAUCAGUACAUCGAUUUUAUAUUAUACUAUAUAUGUAUUUAUAUUUUCUAUGUGUAUUUGCAUAACGUAUUUUAUUUUAUUACCACUUAAAAUCGAAAUAAAAGUAGUUAUAUAUUUAA